AUGAGUAACGAUAAGCCUACCGUCGAGAACAUCGACGAUAUCAACGCCAAGAUGGCGCAGAGAUCCUCGUACGACGCGAAGCUUGACCCGGAAAAGCAUACCGAACAGGCUAUGGCUUACGACCCGACCGUAGAGAGGAAGCUUAGGCUGAAGAUCGAUCUCAUGAUUGUGCCAACGGUCGCCCUGCUAUACCUCUUCUGCUUCAUUGACAGCCAACAUUGGUAUGUCUCUUGGUCCAUUACAAGGUCGACAACGACUUACAAGCCCCCAGGAAAUGCUCGCAUUGCAGGCCUCGAGAAAGACCUCGGAAUGGCAGGCUACGAUUACAAUGGAACCCUCAGCGUCUUCUACGUCAGCUACAUUCUGUUCGAAAUUCCCGCCAACAUCCUCUGCAAGGUCAUGGGUCCUGGAUGGUUCCUCCCCCUUACCACCUUGCUCUUCGGUAUCUGCUCAGUCGGCACCACUUUCGUUCACACCGUACCGCAACUCAUGGCAGUCCGGUUCCUGCUCGGUAUUUUUGAAGCUGGAAUGUUGCCAGGUAUCGCCUACUACCUGUCUCGUUGGUACCGACGAUCCGAACUUGCCUUCCGCCUCAGCUUGUACAUCGUUAUGGCGCCGUUGGCUGGAGCCUUUGGUGGUCUCUUGGCCUCUGCCAUUCUCCGUGUCGAUAGUUUCGGAAGCGUCCAUACAUGGCGCAUGAUCUUUGCCAUUGAAGGAAUCAUCACAAUCGGGCUGGCACUCAUCGGCUUCAUCACCCUGACCGACCGCCCCGCCUCUGCUCGCUGGCUUACCGAGGCUGAAAAGGAUCUCGCCGAGAUCCGUGUCCGCUCUGAGCGUGUUAGUCAGACUCAGGUCCUUGACAAAAUGGACACCAAGAAGCUUCGUCGGGGAAUCUUCGCACCUGUUACGCUGGCAACAUCGUUCGUCUUCCUUUUGAACAACGUCACUGUCCAAGGUCUUGCAUUCUUCCUUCCAACGAUCGUCAGGGGAAUCUACCCUACGGCGACUGUUCAGCGCCAACAACUCUUCACCGUUCCUCCCUACGUUGUAGGCGCCUUCUUCACCGUACUCUUGCCACUGCUCAGCUGGCGCCUCGACCGCCGACAGAUCUUCUUCAUGAUGUCUGCUCCGCUAGCAAUGGUCGGCUAUAUCAUGUUCCUGGCUUCCAAGGACCUCUCGGUGCGCUACGGCGCUACCUUCCUCAUCACCUCGGCCGUGUUCGCCCUCGGCGCUCUCACAAACGCCCAGGUCGCCGCCAACGUCGUUUCCGACACGGCACGAAGUGCAGCAAUCGGAACCAAUGUCAUGUUUGGCAACGUGGGAGGUCUCAUUUCAACUUGGGCUUUCUUGCCAUGGGAUGCACCCAACUACCCAAUCGGCAACGGAUUGAACCUGGCGACCUGCAGUAUGAUCUUGAUUACUUCAACUCUCACGUUUUUCUGGAUGAAGCGAGACAACCGCAAGCGUGCGGCCCGAAACGUCGAAGCCGAAUUGCAGGGCUUGUCGAGACAAGAAGAGAGUGAUUUGGACUGGAAGCACCCUGCUUUCAGGUGGAAGCCCUAG